AUGACAUCGAUAAGUCUAUGUCGUCGGAACAACAAACAAUCAGGUCACAGUAUUAGUUCAAAAUACCGUUCAAAAUCUGGUCGUACUUCAAGCAGCAGCGGAGAAAGCGUCCGAGGCCACCGUUCCAGUUCAUCUGAUCGAUCUUACUCCAAUCGAGGAUCACGUAGUGGAUUUCGUCGCCCUAAACACUCCCGUGUAGAAUACAUCACUACAUUUGGUGAUAAUGAAGACAAUAAUGAUGAUAAACGAAAUGUUAGUGGGAGUUCACGAUUUGGUUCAAAUAAACAAACAUUGCUAUCUGAUCGAAAUGCAGGUGGAUCAUCUGGUUCAUUAGAUUCUAAACCGCCUGGAUCAGCUGCAUCUGCUGUCGCAGCUUCUGUUGUUUCAAAGCUACUCAGCUCAACAUCACAAACAUCAGUAGUUAAGAGUAAAAGUAGUUUUGUCAGUGCAUCUGGUUCAAAAUCCACAAGAACUGAAUCUCGCACACGGUCCUCUCCUAGUUUUAGUGAACGAAGAAGACCCCUGCAAUCGAGAAGUCGCUACCGCCGUUCCACCUCUCGAUCUAGUAGUCGGCGAUCACGCAGUUCUCGUGGUAGCAGGAGCCGUAGGAGAUAUCAUAGUCGAACGCGGAAUAGUAAUAGUAGCAGAAGUUAUCGUAGUUCUUACCGGAGGUACAAACGUAGUCCAAAUCGAUACCGCUCAAGGCAUAGGUCCUCUUCAUCAAGAAGAUCGUACUCUAGUUCCAGUACUUCAACCGACAAUCGAAAAUCUAACUAUGAUCGGGUUAGUGCAAAUCCGUCUACUAGAUCCUUCAAUCAAAAUCCACCGUAUGAACAAGACGCCGUUAUUCAACCAAACGUUCAAAAACAACCUUCACCUCUAGUACGCAAGCGAUAUUAUCGUCCUGAGUUAGAAUCUGCCGAUGAAUUGGAAUUAUCAGACGAGGAACAAAAUGAUACUAAAAAAGAAUCAUCAAAGUCUUCAGAUGGGAAUUCUGGAAAACAAUUAACCUCAAGGAGGUCGGAUUCAAAUUCAUAUGGAAAUUUCGCGGGUAAGAUGACGUCUCAACAAUUGGUCACGGGUGGUCCUAGUCCAAGCCAUGAUUUAAAAACUCCUGGGGUUGUUGGCUCGACAGUCCGUUCUCUUAUGCCACAAGAAUUAUUGAAACGUCGUGUUCAGUCUCAGCUUACUAAAGCCUUCAAUGCUGACAAAAAAGCCGAGUUAGAAAAACAAAUCCAAUUGGAACGAGAACGUCAGGCUCGAGAAGAAGGACUUCGUCGACAAGCUCGCCUUCUCAGACGUCAAGAAGAAAAACGCUUACGUGCUGAACGACGCGCUAUGGCCAUAGAGUUGGGAUCAGUUCCUGGGAAUUCUUCCGACUCAUCAUCUCAUUCUUCUAGCUCGUCGGGUAGUAGUUAUCACAACAGUAGCCGUGCUAGAUCUAGACGAUUUCAAGCUUCACCAGUUCGUCGACAAUCAUCAAUGUAUUCUUCUGGUAGUCGAAAAUAUUCUCCUCCUCUUCAUUCAUCAUACAGCCGACCUCGAAUAGAAUCGGAACGAGGACUUUUAGGCAGUCCAAGUCGUGUUGUAGAUGCUAGACUACCAUCUCCGCCAUCUAAUACAAAUCUAUGUAAUUUUCCCAGAGACACGCGUGUUCCCAUUAAUCGAAUUCCCCGAUCUAGUAAUUCAUUACUCGGCAGUCCUAUUCAAAAUUCUUAUUCUACUUCAAGAGAUCGUGGAAGUGUUUCAUCAUCGUCAUCUCGAUUUAUUGGGUCCAGGGAAGAACAGCGAAGUUACAGUUCCAUGCGGCCUCACACCUCAUUGCGUGGUGAAUUAGCGAAAAGAUCUGACGAAUAA